AAUAUCCAAUGUAACAUACAUAACUAAAAGAAAUAAUAUAUUUAUAUAUUUGUAUUUAUUUAUUUAUAAACAAAAUAGAAACAUUUUUAAAUUAUGUCUGGGUCAAGUGCAAGACAUGAAUAUCGUAGAGAUUUAACCAGGCAUGACAGUUUGGUCACCUUCCCUGAUGCGUCAACGUGGCGUGAAUAUCUAUGUUAUCUUGAUAUCGAUGACUCUCCACCUGUUGUGAGGGGAACUGGUAUUAUCUGUACCAUUGGUCCAGCAUGUCAAUCUGUAGAAAAUAUAAAGGAUUUGAUAGCAAGCGGCAUGAAUAUUGCUAGAAUGAAUUUUUCACACGGGACAUAUGAGUAUCAUCAAGACACAAUUGAUAAUGUGCGUGCAGCUGCUGCAGCCUCCUUUCCUCAUCCUGUUGGUCUCGCAUUGGACACAAAAGGCCCAGAAAUUAGAACUGGCAAUAUGAAAGAUGGUGGCACUGCAUCUUACAAGAAAGGGCAAGAGCUAAAAGUAACAUGUGACCCAGCUUUAAAAGAAGAAUGUGGUGUCGACCUGCAGUAUUUGGAAUAUCCUAGUUUAACAAAGUCAUUACAUAAAGGAAGUAAAAUAUUCAUUGCUGACGGCUUGUUAGCCCUUGAAAUGGUUAAACUAAUAGACUCUAAGACAAUCAUGACGCGGGUUCUAAAUGAUGCGACAAUUGGAAGUCGAAAAAAUUGUAAUCUUCCUGGAGCUAUCAUUGACCUGCCUGCUGUUUCUGAAAAAGACAAAAAAGAUUUGCAAUUUGCAGUACAAAAUCAGGUUGACAUGGUAUUUGCAUCAUUCAUUCGAAAACAUAGAGAUGUCUUAGAAGUAAGAGAAGCAUUAGGACCAAAUGGAAAAGACAUAAAAAUUAUCGCAAAAAUUGAAAACCACGAAGGAAUUAUGAAUAUAGACCGUAUUUUAUGUUACGCAGAUGGCAUUAUGGUUGCUCGGGGUGAUAUGGGGAUGGAAAUCGCAUUGGAGAAAGUCUUCCUUGCACAGAAAAUGAUCAUUGCAAAGUGUAACAGGGCGGGAAAACCAGUUAUAUGUGCAACACAGAUGUUAGAAUCAAUGAUACAAAAUCCAAGGCCUACACGAGCUGAAAUAACCGAUGUUGGUAAUGCAGUGGUGGAUGGAGCUGAUUGCGUUAUGUUGUCUGGUGAAACUGCAAGUGGUGCAUAUCCUAUUGAAUCGUGUGCAAUGAUGCAUAAGAUCUGUCGUGAAGCGGCGUCGGCUGUAUACCAUCGUAUUUUAUACGAUGAGUUAAAAAAUACGAAGAGUUUUACAGAGACAGCUGAGACAACUAGUAUUGCAGCAGUAAGCGCUUCAUUCAAAGUCAAUGCUGCCGCAAUUAUUGUACUCACAACAAGUGGAAAGACUGCUGCAAUGCUCGCGCAUUAUCAUCCACGUUGUCCUGUGCUUAUGAUAACUCGCAGUGGACACGUAGCUCGCUGCGGACAUUUAUACCAAGGUAUCUUUCCGCUGGAAUAUCCAUUCGCACGAAAGAACACAUGGUCAGAAGAUAUGGACGCACGGUUAGAGUUUGGCAUAGAGAAAGGAAGAGAUAUGGGUUUCAUCAAGAAAGGCUCGUUUAUUAUUUUCGUGUCUGGAUGGCAACCUGGUGUAGGCACAACUAAUACUGUUCGCGUGCUUCAGGUACAAGAGGAUAAAAUCGAAGGACUCGGUAACCCAGAUAUAACCUUUCCACGAGUGUAAAACAUUUUAGAAGUAGUUGAUGCUCUGUUUUUCAAUAUCUGCGCAAGCAUAGCGAUGUUGCAGCUGGUAUAGUAGUGUUUUUGUUCCUGUUCAGUUUCUUACAAAACAUUGGAUUAGAAAUAUUGUUUGAUUUACUUAAUUAUACCUGCAUAUGUUAACCUGUAAAAUAUAACCUGCAUAGGUUAACCUGUAAGACACAAUGUCCUAAUAUUUAUUAAGUUAUAAAGUAAGAUUUUUAGCUGUUUAUUUUUGUUGUCUCGUUAGCUACUAAUAAUGAUAGUCAGGGUGGUGUGAACCCUCCUCCCUAGGUAUUUAAAUUAUCUUUUAAUAGCAUCUGUUGAAAAGGUUUUUAUUCGCUGGCAACUCCUCUUUUUGACAAUAUGCGACAACUAAAUAUUAUAUUCAUCUAUCGAGUUAAUUUGUGUUUGAUGCGAAGCUAUAUUGUUAGUGUAUUGUUUUCGUGCGUAUGUUUACACAAACUCAUUAUUUGGAAGUUCUAUCAAAAAAGCGUGAAGGUAGGAUGUUUUUCACUAUUAUAUUUAAAACUUCAAAGAUUUAUUAUAUUAUGGAUAACAAUCGAUGCAUGUAUCUUUUUGUUGUUUCAAAGAAAAUUAAAACCGUAUUUGAGAA